AUGAGAUCGAUAGUAUACGUCGCAACAUAUGAAAAUACAUUUCUAGCAAGAAUACCUGCGUUCUAUCAGAUUGGAAUUUUACCUCAUGAUGAGUUUUAUACUGAUAAAUUAAGAUUAACACAUAAUACCGUUGGAAACUGCCUUUAUGCUGUAUUUUAUAUUCAAGAGUAUCCUAUGUUUGGUCAUUUAAUUCAUGAUUUUUUAGCUUCUAUGAUGUUUGUUCCUGAAUACGUAAAUAAAUCUGGUUUUACAGUUAUUGCUCCAAGAUCUGGUAAAGAAAUUGCAGAUAUAUGGUGUAAAUAUCUUGGUAUUAAUGCAAAUAUUGUAUCCCUGGCAGAAAAUGAACAGAUUCAGGCAGCGAAACUCUUUUUGAUAUCUGGAAGAAAGGCUGCUCAUAGCGUUACUGUAGGUGGUAUCAAGAGAUUAAGGAAAUACAUUGAAGAAAGACUAAAUUUAUCCAAUAUUAUUCCAACAAAAUACGUAUUAGGAAAUAGACCAAAAUCUGCAUAUAGAUCUAUAUUGCACAUUGAUAAGCUAUAUGAAUCGCUCAAGAAAAUCAAUGAAAACUUUGUUUUACAUGAAAAUGAAUUUGAUAAUUUAGAAGAAAAUGCUAAAUUUUGGUCAGACAUUAGGAUAUAUGUUGGUCCUUGCGGGUCUAAUAUCUACAAUUCGGUUUUUAUGCGAGAGAAUACCGGAUUAUGCUUAUUAUUUAGUCACAUGGAUCUCCCGAAUGUCCAUUUGUGCAUAACAAGUAAUUUUUAUAUGAUCGGACUUGUCCAACAGUGUUUUAGAAAAGAUAACUUUGAAAAAUACGAUAUUCAACUAUUUCUUAGGUAUGUUAAGAGUGUCAUCUACUGUGUAGAUAAUAAGAGAUGGCCAUCUGAUAUAGAUAUAGAUUCUCCAUUAGUUUCUCGAUUUAAAUAUGAAUAUAAUGAUCCUCUUCCUGAUAUAAAGGCAUUUGUUGGAUCAUAG